AUGAUGAGUGGAACGGUCGGCAUGUCGGAUAAACCAUUGGCCAAAGCGCCUUGCUCCAACUGCCGAGAUCUUGUUAAAUUCCCUGACAUUCAGGAUCCAGUGCACCAAGAAAAUAUCAUGGCUGCCACUGUGAUAUUGCGACAAUACGAGGAGAUGGACGAAGAUAUGGACGAAAAUGAGAUCGAUACUGAUUAUUAUGACGACAGACGUGUUAAUUUCUUGGCUAUUACUCAGAAAAUCAUCGAUUCAAUGAUUGAGUCUCCUCCGGAAAAUUCUUUGGCAACCGCAGCAUACUGGAUUGUUAUAAGACAAGAGGUCUACUAUGCAUACUCUAGGGAGACUAUCCCCCACAUGCGAUUUGAUUUCGACCGCUGGCGCAACACAUCGAUGGCCAACAACAUGAUAAUAUUUGCCGGAGAGGUGGCGACUUGGUGUUGGGGACAAAAGCUCCCUGAGGAAUGGACACAACUCAAGCUCAGAGAGCAACAGCUUUCUCAAGAUUGCAUGGGGGAAAUUGAACCCAUCCUUGAUCUCAAUCCGGAUCGCGCCAGAGGCAAGAUAUUUCCGACGGUUUGGUACAGCCUCGAUGUCCAUGUGACUGCAAUUCAGCACUUCCGAUUAGCCCAGAUGAUUUUGAUUGCCGAGAGUCCGUACCUGGAAAAAGCAACCCGGACGAUGCACCGCAAAGCUGAAGCACAGGUCAGAGCCAUUGUCUUGAAUAUCUGCGGCAUCGCCUUGGGUCAUCUCCGUAUCCAACCUGCAUUGGUCAAUGCUGUCAUUGCCGUUACUCUUUACGGAGAUUAUUUCACUGAUCAGGAGGAACGCAAUGCUUUGGUUGGGAUCAUCAACAGGACAAAGGAGCUAUAUGCGUGGCCAAUGAGGAAGCCCUACCAAACUCUGAAACGGCGAUGGGAAAUAGUCGAUAGCGCUGAACUGUGA